UGUUUUGGUUUCAGUUUAACAAGGCACGUGAUGCAUGAGUCACUGACUGGCAGACUGUGCCAACCAAAGGUUUUACCCCGAGAAUACCUGUGACCAAUGCUGGCUUUAUCUGUACAUCUGAUCUGCACCAGUCAAUCAAGUUUCAGUUCUUGAAUGCUAUGUCGCCAAACAACAAGUGGAUAGGGAGGGGCCUGCAUGCCAGCCUGUUGUACCUGGUUUUAUAUGUGUGCCUGGUGCGCACCGCUACUCUGGACGAAGAAGAUAUUGAGAUUGAUGAUGAGGAGGAGGAAGACCUGGAGUAUGAAUACAGUAUAAAACAAGACAGACACACCUGUGGAAGCGGUCAAACUGGUCAGUAUCCAUUCUGUAAGGACAAGGAGCAGGUCAGUCACCACUAUGUCAACACAAGGGAUGAGUGUGGAGAGACAGACUUCAAGAAAGUGCGGGGGGAAAUGCAGCUGAUGAUCCAGGACCGACGAAAGAAGAUGAAGGAGAUCGUACACUCUGCAAAACUCACCGAGAAAAAUGUGGAGAGGGAGAAAGAGGACACUUUGCUGUUCCUGACUGAAGUGACACGGCUCAUUCAGAAGACCUAUGUAGAUGUCAUUGAGGAGAUCGAAAAGAAGCAGAAAGCAGCAACAACCAUGGCUAUAGAGCACAUUCUAGAGCUAACACAGGAAAUCUCUAAACUACAGGAGAGAAGCUCUGAACUGGAGCAGCUCUCACACAUUGAGGACCACCUUCACCUUCUCCAGAUGUUCCCGUCCCUGUGUACCCCACCGGCCACCAUUGACUGGUCUGAGGUCAGCAUUCACAGUGAUCCAAGUGUGGGGUCUAUGAGGAGAGCUGUGAACAAGCUGAGAGAAGCACUGAAUAGUGAAGAGAGCAGGCUGUCUGCAGCUGAGUUGGGAAGGAUUAAGACGUGUGCAGUGGAUGUGACUCUGGACCCUGACACAGCACAUCCGUACCUCAUUGUCUCUGAAGACGGGAAACAAGUGAGAAUUGGAGAUCUCCGGCAAAAUGUCACAGACGGCCCUGAAAGGUUUAAUUCAGUUGUUAAUGUCCUAGCAAAGGAGGGCUUCUCCUCAGGGAGAUUCUACUAUGAGGUGCAGGUGAAAGGUAAGACUAGGUUGGAUUUAGGAGUGGCCAUAGAGUCCAUCAACAGGAAGAGUGGGGUCACCCUGAGCCCUGGCCAUGGAUACCUGGCUAUAUGUCUGAGGGAUGGGGAUAGGUAUGUAGCUGCUGAAAGCCCUGCUAUCCUCAUCGCUCUUAGCCAGAAGCCCCAGAAGAUAGGGGUUUAUGUUGAUUAUGAACAAGGCCAGGUCUCCUUCUAUGAUGUGGAUAACAGCUCUCAUAUCUACUCCUUCACUGAUUAUUCUUUCAAUAAGAAACUCUAUCCCUUCUUUAGCACUGGCACCGACGACGACGGUGAAAACUCAGCCCCAUUAGUCAUUACCCCAGUCAAUCAACAACUGAGUAUUCAUUUCUUCACGUUUGAAAAAGCCUGAAAAUGGAUUAAAUACAACUUACAAUGUGUAUAUACACUGAGUAUACAAAAUAUUAGCAACACCUUCCUAAUAUUGAGUUGCACCCAACACUUUUGCCCUCAGAACAGCCUAAAUUCAUCAGGGCAUAGACUCUACAAAGUGUCGAAAUCAUUCAACAGGGAUGAUGGCCCAUGACUCCAAUGAUUCCCACAGUUGUGUCAAGUUGGCUGGAUGUCAUUUGGGUAGUGGAACAUUCUUGAUACACACGGGAAACUGUUGAGCGUGAAAAACUCAGCAGCGCUGCAGUUCUUGACACACCCGCGCCUGGCACUUACCACCAUACUCUGUUCAAAGGCACUUCAAUCUUUUGUCUUGCCCAUUCACCCUCUGAAUGGCACACAUCUCAAGGCUUAAAAAUCUUUCUUUAACCUUUCUCCUCCCCUUCAUCUACACUGAUUGAAGUGGAUUUAACAAGUGAUGUCAAUAAGGUAUCAUAGCUUUCACCUGGUCAGUCUAUGUCAUGGAAAGAGCAGGUGUUCCUAAUGUUUUGUACAAUCAGUGUAUUGAGGCUGUCAGAGUUAGUUUACAUUUUGUUAUUAAUUGCAUUGUCUGAAUGCGUUCAAAAUAAAUUGAAAACAUCAAAAAUACAUAUCAUAUACACCUAAAAAAGUUGUGAUGUCAAAACAAGGUUAAAGAAAGUGUGCUUUAUCAAUUUACCUGAUUUUGUUAACUGUUACUUUGGACAAAAUCAAGACUUCAAUAUUCUUGUAAUACUUUUUGUAUAAAAUAAUCUUAAAUUACAGCUCAAUUUGAGCUAAUUCUGAAUAUGCAAAUAAUUGUGAUUUAUCACAGCAAGUCCUGCGAUUAAUUAUACUUAAAAAUGGUAUUGUUCUGUCGUAACCGGCCGCGACCGGAGGUCCAUGGGGCGACGCACAAUUGGCCUAGCGUCGUCCGGGUUAGGGAGGGCUUGGUCAGUAGGGAUGUCCUUGUCUCAUCGCGCACCAGCGACUCCU